AUGUCUGGUGUUGUGAUACAAGCCCAACAAUAUCAGCCCUCCGCCGCCACCACAUUCCUCACGACCCCAUCAAGAAAUGCGUCCGAAGAAUCUGACCUCCUUCGCUCCAUACGCGCUGCCAUUCGAAGUUCCGGUACCAAUACCGUGAACACAACUUUUAGCCCCCUCUCCACAAGUGGAUCAGAGUCCUGGAUAGACCAAGAACUUUCCUGGAGCGACUAUUGCGUUAUCCUAAGCGAAGGAGGCGUCAUCAAGAGAAAAUGGGACCUCAGUCAAGAAAACCAAAUCAUCCAACAUGCCUGUAUCGGAAAGCUCACACAGCCAACAGCAUCCUCCAAUCACCAAUCCCACGGCAGUGCCCACUACACACGAUCAAACGAAACCCCCGGAACGACAAACAUCUUCGGGCCAUUCGCCUCACUCAGAGAGGAAUCGAAAGCUGUCGAAGAUUCAGACGAGGAAAUCUCGGGUGUAUUUAUUUUCUUGAGAAGUAUUGGAAAGGUUUUUUUGGAGAAUGGGAUGGAUUAUACGUUUUCGCUUCCGUUUCUUGUUCACAGGGCGUGGCCGCUUCGGCCUCAUGGUGUUCUUAUCCAGCGGAUCCUUGAUCCAGCUGAAGUGGAUGAGGCUCGUGUUACAGGAGAUGAUGUGUUGCCCACCAUAUUCACCAUCACGAGCGCGUUUUCGGAGCCUGAAGCUGUUGGAAUCUCGAGUGGUAUUUUGGGAGGUUUUGGUGAUGAACCUGUUGCUUUGGUAGAUGAGGAAGAGAAUUGUUCCAAGCCGCUGGUUACUGUUUCUGCUGGAGACGAGGUUGUUUGGGUUUCUCCUGGUGUUCCUAAUUCGACUGGCGAGUUUUUGGUUACCUUUGAUGCAGACAAAGGGGGUCUGUCUAUAUGGAGAUAUGCCUACUUGAAGCCCAAGGACGCUCCUGUGCCUCUUACCCGGACCAGACGUCAGAGCAUUUCGCGAAAGAGUACUGGGAACAGGCGACAAUCGAGUGUUAGCGACCUUUUGGAACUUGACCGCCGUUUACCUCAGGAUAUGGAAUUUGAUGGCGAAUUUCCCCCACCGUUUCCUCCAAUGUCCGGACUUCCGCCUUCGACGACGAGUAAUAUCACUGCUCAGCCACCAAUGCCAGGAAGAAACCGAGACUCCAUCACCCGCCUAGAUCUCAGUUUGACAAUGGAUAGAAUGGCGCUUGGAGGACAGAAAGACCCAGAAGAGUUGAUCACCCCUGUUGAACAUGGAAGAAUGAAGGCGUCUUAUUGGGCCCAGCAGUUGACCACUCAUCCUUUGGGAGGGAGACAACUGCCGACGCGUGAUAUCUCUGUUGCAUCAUUUGAUCAACGCUUUGAUGGCAAGGUUCAUCGCUCGCUCCUCGCAGUCUGCCUGCCCGAGGCUCAGGUGAUUGUCUUUAUGAUUACCAUUGAGGAAGACAAGAAAUCAUUUGUGGUUGAGAGUUUUGGUACUCUGGAAGCCGUUGCAAUCGCGUCGAUACGUGCGACGCGUGGUGACAUUUGGGACCUUCUUGCGGUGAAGAAGGAUGGUUCGUUAUCAUUGUUUACUCAUGGAUUGCACGAGCUCCGUAUACGGCUGAGGCUCGCGCAACCCUGGAACGGCGACAGCAACGAUUCAUCUGAGGUCAUCUCACUUGAUCAUGUUGUAGCAUUGAAGCAUGUUUGCGUCUCGUCGGUAUAUGUGGAGAUGAGUGAUGGGAAGGUCUAUUACGCGCGACUGGACAUGGCCCCACGCGAUCCACUGGUGACCCAGGCCAUACAGGUUCUGGCACUUGUGCUGCCCAAGGCUCAAACUUUUGACCUGCAGCGAAGAUUUCUCGAGUCUUGGUCACAGCGUUACUUCCGAACAUCACCUGGGGUCGAGUUCCGGGAGUUCACGCUCGCACUUUUCGCGCUUCUUGAGCUCAAGCUUGUGUAUCCUUUCAAAAACGACGAGUCCGCAAAUUCUUCUGUAUGGGAAAGAUUCUCAGCUUUAUCCACUCCUAAUCGUUCUUUCAACGACGAUCCGGCUCUCCAACGCUUGAAGCUUCCUAUACCCCCGACUACACAACAUUACUUCCUUUUCACUCUGACCGUCAAUCCUCUUCUGGCGCCUGUGCUCUAUGCGUUACACAUGUUGGCAGAGGACCUCCGCUUAGUGGUUCUUCGAUACGAAUCCCUCAUGUUACUCAUUCCUUUGAUAUGUCAAAUUGCACACAUCGUUCGACCAGAAUGGGCAGAUUACUGGAAGCGCCUCUGUCCUAAUAUCAUGCCAGGAUGGCCUGCCCCAUCUACAACGCGUGUGGACAUGUUGGACGACCGCAUACCAGUCUGGCCACCAGAUAUGUCGGCAAUUCUUUAUGGAAGCAUAAGUAAUCCUGACUGGCAAUUCCCUGCGUAUGGAACUUCCAGACUAGCUCGAUCUUUUUCCAUCGAUCCAUCAUUUGCUUUUGGGGACGCCGAACCGCUCGUGUCAUUGCAGCGUCUUACGGCAGCCUAUGUGUGUCUUGCCGACAAAACGGUGUCAUCUACGCAAAAGCGGGCAGAGCUGACCGUUGAAAAGCUCGUCGAUAUACUUGGGACAGCAGAGAAGGGAUCUGCGUUUCUUAAUAGUCUUCCAUUGGAGCAUUAUGACCUCAUUGGCCGGCGUGACUUGGCUUUCAGCGUUGCUGGAACGCAGCCAGAGCUUUCUCAGAAGGGCAUCGCUCAAUCUGCCGAGACCUACAUGAAUACCCACCGACGGAUGACGAUCGGCAGUCUGGCCGAACAGGCCAAAUCUGCAAGUAUCGGAGAAAUCGAUGCGGUUUCUGGAGUCGAACUUGAUCUCAAGGGAUUCACUAAGAUCCGUUUUGGCCAGGAUCGCAGAUUGGAAGAGGUGGCUCGUAUGCUUUGUUCGUCGGCCGUUCCAUCGGUUCGGCUUGUAGAGCGUCCGGAAUUGAAUGAACAUGACCAGGCGAAGGAGCAACAGCAUCAAGUGGUUCGCAUUGCAGAGCGAACGCUGGCACUGCCCUAUGGUCGUGCUAUGUUCACCUUUGGUUCUGUAUUGACGGUCACGAAAGAGGCCUAUGUCACCCCCAAGAUGGAGUAUGCGGUUAAGAUACAACCAUCAAAUGUUACUUCUGCACCCGAGCUUGGCAAGAUACCUGUCGAAUGCCUUAACUGGGGCGAGUUCCAUAAUGGCGUCGCAGCAGGACUACGCAUCUCUCCGGAAGCUCGUGGUGUAGAGAGUUCAUGGAUUGCCUUUAACAAGCCUUCCGAGCUCACCCCAGAACAUGCCGGCUUCCUGUUUGGUCUUGGGCUCACGGGGCACCUCAAGGAAAUGCUCACAUGGCAUACCUUCGGAUAUUUGACCCCAAAACAUGACUUGACUUCUAUUGGCGUCUUGCUUGGUUUGUCAGCUGCGAACGCUGGGACGGGCAAUCGCCAUGUGACAAAGUUGCUUGCUGUUCAUACUCCAGCCUUGCUUCCCACGCAGAACGUCGACCUGAACGUAUCCCUCAUGACUCAAGCAGCCGGUUUGGCGGGAGUCGGAAUUCUAUACCUCAGUACCAGAAACAGACGCAUGGCAGAAGUAUGUCUCCACCAAAUCAGCAGAAAAGACCUCGUGCAACCGGACCUCAGCAAUGAACACAGAGAAGCUUAUACUUAUUGUGCAGCAUUAGCCUUCGGCAUGAUAAUGCUAGGUCAAGGCUCCUCCGUUCCCGCAGAUCUCUCAUCGCUCAAUCGCCUCCGCGUCCUCGUGCAUGGUGAAGGAAAGUCAGUUGUGAACUCCCAAGCACGGUCCACAUUCGAUGUCAAUAUCACCUCGCCAGCAGCUUCUAUCGCACUUGGGCUGAUGUAUCUCAAGACAGAGCGACGAGAUGUCGCUGACAUCCUGGAGAUUCCUAGCACGGUCUUGGAGCUGAACCGCAUACAACCUAGUUUUUUGCUCAUGCGGACUAUUGCAAGAUCCUUGAUCAUGUGGGACGAUAUCGCCUCAACGCCGCAGUGGUUACUUGCUCAGGUUCCCGAAUCUAUCGUGAAGGCCAUGCACGGUCACAUACGAGGAAAACUGGCUGACGAUGCUAUCGAGCUUGCCUAUUACAACAUCAUAGGAGGUUGUUGUUUUGCUAUUGGCUUGAAGUACGCAGGGACAGCACGUCAUGAGGCAUAUAUCAUGCUCUCGAAUUAUUUCGACAUGUUCAGUAGAUUUGUGGCGGCUAGUGGUCAUGCCUUUGAUUACAAGAUCAAGCGCUCUGCUGUUCGUGAGGGCUUGAACCUCAUUUCCAUUGCGCUUUGUAUGGUCAUGGCGGGUACAGGGGAAAUCACCUGCUUACGACGGCUGAGAUAUGCAUAUGGCAUGUAUCACCAAGCGUUUCGAUAUGGUGUCCAUGUUGCAACUCACCUGUCACUUGGUUUAUUGUUCCUCGGGGCCGGUCGGUAUACUCUUGGAACUUCGAAUGCCGCGAUAGCUUGCAUGAUUGUUGCCUUUUUCCCCCGGUUCCAUCAUGUAUCAUCAGAUAACAAGAGCUAUCUUCAGGCUCUUCGCCACCUCUGGGUUCUUGCAGUUGAACCUAGAUGCCUUAUGGCACGGGACGUUAAUACCAGAGAAGCAGUCUAUCUUCCAGUCAAAAUCACCACGAAAGAAGGUGCCGAAAAGGGUGCAACACAGCUGAUAUCGCCCACGUUGAUACCGGAUUUCAACAAACUUUUGUCCAUUAGGAUCGAUACACCCCGCUAUUGGCCUUUCUUUGUGGACCUUGAACACGUACCACAGCAUAGGAGAAGCCUGUUAAAGCACCAAACGUUGUACGUGAAGCGACGCACUGCUUUCUUGAGCUAUACGGAGGACCCUAGAGGAAGCAGAAGUCUUUUCGUUCGCUCUGGUUCAUCUGCUGGAGAUGCUGCAACUCUAGAUUUCCCGCAAUUGACCGACACGAAGGCACACCCCGCGAGCGACCUGACUCAUUUCAUCUCAUCUUUUUCCAACGACACCCUAUUUCUUGCUUUCGCAGAUCACUUCUCACGCGAGGACGGUAAGACAGUCGAAGAGAGAGUCUUCCACAAUUACUGUCACGCGGUCCUGCUUGAUAGCAUUCUUCAAGAUAAGAUGGAAACAUUGCAGUCCCAUCUGAUGCUUUAUCAGUAUCGCACUCAAUCACCAUCGAACAGCUACUUCCAUCUCCGGCUGCAAGACCUUCGUUUUGCUGUCGACUUUUACAGCAAAGUCUACGAUAGGCGGUUCAGUGGGAAAUCAGAGAAUAAUAUUCGGCCUUCUCUGAUUCGCGAAAACACUGUCUCUGGUGCAUUACAAGCAUUGGAUGAGCGCCUUGCAGAAGUCCAAAGCUCUACAGCCCUUAAUACGGUCUUUGGCAGAUAUGCUCGUGGGGAACUUAUAGUGGAGUCCGAAGAAGCCCCUGAAGUAUCGCGUUGGUUGGCUUGGUAUCUGCUGCGUCACGGUGUCCCAUCAGCAUCGCUGCUAGCAAUCCUCAAGCAACUUGCACAAGAUGCUCAUGCACAAUGUGCCGCUCCUGGGAAUGUCGAUUUGAGGACGCUAGAUGAGGGUAUAAAGGAAGUCCUAAGAGGGACUGGGACCAAAAUGAAUACGGUGUUUGGGUCAGGAUGGUCGGGUCCGUCUUUGGAGAGGGUUAUUGAUGCAUGGCAGAGACAUUCGUAA